CCCAGCUCAACUGAAACUAAAGCUGUUGAAAGAUGACAUAAACCAAUCUUUAUCUUCUAAAUACCUUGGGGUCUGGUUUGAUUCCAAGUGUACCUGGAAAACCCAUAUUGAUUAUUUGUUAGAGAAAUGCCGAAAAAGGAUCCAUUUUCUCCGUUCUAUCUCUGGAACUUGGUGGGGCGCUCACCCGGAAGACCUCAUCAAACUAUAUAAAACGACUAUUCUCUCUGUUUUAGAGUAUGGCUCUUUCUGCUUCCUCUCAGCAGCUGAUUGCCACCUGAUCAAAUUGGAACGAAUUCAAUAUCGUUGUUUGCGUAUUGCCCUUGGCUGUAUGCAUUCAACGCAUAACAUGAGCCUGGAGGUGCUUGCUGGAGUCACUCCUUUAAAGCACCGUUACUGGGAGCUCUCACUUAGAAUACUGAUCAAAUGUGGAACAAGUAACACACUUGUAUUAGAAAACUUCGAUAAUAUGCUUGAACUGGCUCAUCGUUCAAGAUAUCUGCGAGUCUAUCUCAACUACAUAUCGUCAGAUCUCUGUCUUCCAUGUUAUAAUCCACCUCGAGUUUACUUCGUCAACGACAGUUCCUCAAUUGAAUACGAUCUGUCCAUGAAACACGCUAUUCAAGGAAUACCAGAUCAUCUUCGACAAUCAUCUAUCCCUUCCAUUUUUUCUGAAAAAUAUGAACAUGUCAAUUGCAAUAACAGAUAUUUCACUGAUGGUUCUCGCAUUAACGGAUCCACUGGCUUCGGUGUUUUCAACGUAAGUUCAACCACCUUCCGAAAACUUCAGGAACCGUGUUCGGUUUAUGUUGCUGAGCUGGCAGCAAUUAAUUUCGCUUUGGGGAUAAUUUCCAAUCAGCCCGUAGACCAUUAUUUCAUCUUCUCGGAUAGUCUUAGUUCUAUCGAGGCACUCCGGUCGAUGAAACCUGUUAAGCACGCAUCUUACUUUCUUACAACUAUAAGAGAGCAGAUGCGUGAUUUGGUCGAAAGAUCAUUCAAGAUUACCUUUGUAUGGGUCCCAUCCCAUUGCCUAAUCUAUGGCAAUGAGAAGGCGGACUCGCUAGCAAAGGUGGGCGCACAGGAAGGUGAAGUUUAUGAUAGACAAAUCUCGAAUAACGAGUUUUUCCCAUUAGUCCGUCAGAGUACUCUUCAAAAUUGGCAAAUGAUUUGGUCACACAAUGAACUUGGACGGUGGCUAUUUUCCAUAGUUCCUAAAGUUUCUGCGCGAGCGUGGUUCAGAGAAUAAACCUGGUCGAGAGCAACCUAUGUAGGUGCGGAGCCGGUUACGAUGACAUCGAUCACGUAGUUUGGUAUUGCUCGGAAAAUGACGCCUCCAGAGAGCAACUAUUGGAUACCCU